UCUAACUCGGACAAAAGAAAGAAGAUGCAGCAAAUAAAGGAUGUAAUGAAAAACUCAGAAGGUGGAGUGGCACAGAAGAAAGAGAGCCUUGUUUCCAACCUUAAAACUCAAGAAAACAACCAAGAAAUUGAUUCAGGCUCUGCCCUCCAACUCUUUCUUGAUAACAUCCUCAUCAGUUCUAUCCCUGGCAUAAAAAACUCACCCGUUUUGGAAUUGAAAACUGGGGAUAGUGUAAGAGAUGCCAUUCAUUUGAUGCACGAGAAGAAUGUGUGUGGUGCACCAAUUACUGACAAUACCAAAGGAAGCUUUUCGGAUCCUUAUAUCGGUUUCAUUGAUUUUGCAAGUAUUGUUCUUUGGUUUUUUGAGGAAUGUGGGAAUCGCAGAAGAAAAACUAGAGCUGAAGAAAUUGGCAACUAUGGUGUUUUUGACAUGCUUGAACAGCAUCCUCACAUUGGCCAAACCAAGAUUGGCGAGCUGGCUAAGUCGUUUCUAUGGAAUUCAUAUUUCCCUGUACACUUGGAUGAGACACUCUUCCAUGUUCUGCUGCUACUUUCAAAGCAUCGGCUGCAAGUUGUGCCUGUCAUAGAGAGAACCAGUUCUAAGCUCAUUGGUUUUAUUUCACAGCAUGGAGUACUUCUUCUGCUGCUUCAAUCAAGUGGCUUAGACUGGUUUGAUAGCAUUGCUGACAAGCCUUUAUCAGAGUUCCGGUUUGGUAAUGAAGAGCAUGUUUUACAUGUAUAUGGAGACCAAAGCAUGACAGAAGCUCUUCAUGUUCUAUGGAAAAGCCAAAAUGGUGCAGUUGCUGUCACAGAUAGGAAAAGUAAGAGGGUCAUUGGUAGCAUAAGGAAAUGCGAUAUCUACCUCCUUCUAGAGAAUCUACCUCGCAAUAUAAAAAGUCUAACUGUGGAGGAGUUCAUUCACAUGGAGAAUGAUCAUAAAACAGGUUCUGAUCCAACAACUGAAAGAGACAUUGGGGCUCUUCUCUCAGCUGGCUUUCUGCGCCUCAAAAACAACUUUGCGCCAAGAAUGGACUCACCGGUCACCAACAAGAAAACUGAAACACUGAAGCAAGCCAUGAGAAACAUGGCAGACACAAAAAGCAGUUUCAGCUUCUUGGUUGAUGAAUCAAAUCAGGCCACAGGGAUGCUCACAUUGAGAGAUAUGAUCAUCCACUUUGCUCCACCAUGUAUAGAUUCAAGCAUCCAUGGUUGUGGGUUCUUUGAAUCUGCUCUGGAGCAGACUGGUUGCCAUGUCAAAAAUGGAACCAUAAUCUCUGAUAAUUGAUUGAUUUGACAGUGUUUCUAAUGUUAAUCUAAACCCAACGUUUGCCAAAAAAAUUUAAAAAAACCCAAUAUGCUAACUUAGGCUCUGCAUUAUUUCUUAGCUUUUGGAACAUUGUGACAGCCUAUCAGUGUAUUUCAGACUCUACACUGCAACCAUGGGUGCAGGAACACGUGAUAUGCUUGACAUCUAGGACCAGUAUCACAUCUCUGAAUGACAUUAUCUGGUUCCUCUGCUUCUACUUUUUCUUUUCAUUGCUUUGGAAUUUAGAGCUUUAUCUGUUGUCAAAUUUCCAGCUGAAUAUACGGUGUAGUUCGUAGAUCAUUACAUGUAUGUAUCCCAUAUGUUUUCUGUACUGAUAUUUUUUUUGGUGUCUAAAGCUACGUAGUUUGAGAUUUUAAGUUAAGCGGGGAUGUAGAUCCUCCACUUAGGAUUUUCUUUGUUAAGAUCUGCUCAACUCUUAUAAUGUUACCAAAUUGACACAUUACAUAUACUAGUAAAAUAAAAAAUAAGAAGAAAAUCACUUUCACACAACUACUUUUUUUUUCUUCUUUUGUGGUCCUCUGUUUGGUCGAAGAACAAACUUUUAGCACUAGAGGUGACAGUGCGAUGGGUCACUAAUAAUGGUGUGGCAAUCUUCUAUUGGAAGUCAAGUACAUUUUGGAUAAGUCUGAUAAACGUCCACCAACACAGAGAAAUAUAUUCCACCUUUCCAAUACCACAAACAUUUUUAACCUCAAUUUCAAACAUCAAUUUCUCAUUAUGAACCCACAACAGCAUUUCAAUCUCAAUUGUGUCCACCAAUUUCAAUGUUUGAAUUGGCACAUCUGCCGACCUUUCUGUUGUGUGGAGCUAUCAAAUGGCCCGUGAGGGUCGUGAAACACGACUGUCUAUUGUACUUCCAGAUGGAUUGAUGAAGAAUAUUAAAUGGAAGGAUCUCUAACAUGAGCUUAUCUUAUGGGCAUUUCGUAGUAAUCGACGUGAAUCCUGAUUUGAUUCUGAUAUGAUUUACUUGCUCAACUAUAGAAUUCGUGUAUUUACUUGCAUUUCACUUAAUCUAAGCUAUUGUAAUAAUAUAACAGCUUAAAACAUUACAUGUCAACGGGUAAAGAUUAGUUUAAAAAAAAAAAAGGGUAUUGACGAUUACUAACUGCCGUUAUCUCCCUGCCUCUCUCCCACAGUGAUCAGACCCUCCAUCUCCUCCCUCUCUGUUUCUCCUUCUCUUCAUCCAUAAUAAUUCUUGCUUAUCAACUAAGGUAAUUAGAUUUGUUCUAAACUUCUAAAGAUGAAUGUCUUAUGUAUGACUGCGGGAAACAUAUGCCUUUGGAUGAGAGCUGAUUUCGUUGAUACUAUUCCAGAGUCCUACAUGGCUUGAACUACUCCUGAAGCUGCUCUUACGACUUCAUGAUGGGAGGGACAGACAGAGAUAACGGCAGCUAAGCCAAUGUUGAAAGCAAUAAAAUAUUUAGAGAAAAAAAAAAUAAAAAUUCAACUCUACCAUUUGACAUGUCAUAUUUUAAGCCAUUAUAUUAU